CAGAGACUGUCUUCCCCAUCUGAUCACCCAAAUCUCGAAAAACAUAAACGUAUUCGGAAAAAAAAAAUCCCCAAUUUCCACGAAAUCAGAGCUUCCUCAAUCAUGGAACCAGACUACAAUCCCAGCCGGAAAACUCUGAUCAAGAACAAAUGGGUGGCGGCGGCCGCCAGUAUUUGGAUCCAGUGCACCGCCGGCUCACUCUACACCUUCAGCAUCUACUCCCAAUCCCUCAAAUCCACCCAAAACUACGACCAAUCCACGCUCACCACCAUCUCCUGGUUCAAGGACGUCGGCGCCAACGUCGGCCUCCUCUCCGGCCUCCUCUACUCCGCCACCGCCGCCCGCUGCGGCCCCUGGGUCGUGCUCCUCGCCGGCGCGCUGCAGUGCUUCGCCGGCUACUUCAUGAUGUGGCUGGCCGUCACCGGGGCGCUGCCGCGGCCGGCGCCGUUGGUGAUGUGUCUGUACAUGCUGGUGGCGGCGCACGCCAUGACUUUCUUCAACACGGCGAAUGUCGUCACCGGCGUGCAUAAUUUUCCUAGCUACAGCGGCACCAUUGUUGGGAUCAUGAAGGGCUUUCUUGGUCUCAGUGGAGCCAUAUUAAUUUUAGUAUAUCAGACGAUUUUCAAGCACAAUCCGAGUUCAUAUAUCUUGCUCCUGGCAUUGCUCCCGCCAAUUAAUACGGUUCUGUUUAUGGGUUUUGUUAGAAUCUUUAGAACAAGUGAAGAAGAUGAGAUCAAGCACUUGAAUGCCUUCUCAUCUUUUGCUCUUGUUUUAGCUGCCUAUCUUGCAACUGUGAUAAUCAUCCAGAACAUUUUCAAAUUAACUGUAUCCAUACGUGCCUUGACAUUUUCUCUACUUGUCAUGUUGCUGUUGUCCCCUAUUUUUAUUGCAAUCCGAGCCCAGAGGUAUAAGUCGUAUCGGAUGGUAAAGUCUUUGCUCGAGCACAAUCAAAUGUCAGAUGAUAAGGACCCAAUAGAUUAUGAUGACACGGAUACCUCGGAAGACCAAGAUGGGUAUCAUGAGCUCCCAAACGGUGCAGACCAAGUUAGGGAGUCAAAUAAUAACAUGUUGCAUUUGAGAGAGGAUGUAAAUCUUAUUGGGGCUAUGCGAACGAUCAGUUUCUGGCUUUUGUUCUUCACAACUGCUUGUUCUAUGGGAUCAGGGCUUGCCUUGGUGAAUAAUAUUAGCCAAAUAGGCGAAUCUCUUAGUUACAAGAGCAUCGAGGUUGAUACUUUGGUUUCACUAUGGAGCAUCUGGAACUUCCUGGGUCGUUUUGGAGCAGGUUACGUUUCUGAUUAUUUCUUGCACGCAAAACGUUGGCCAAGGCCGUUAUUUAUGAUAUUUACUCUAGCAACCAUGAGCAUUGGCUAUGCAAUGGUUUCUUUUGGUUUCCCUGGUGCCCUUUACCCCGGUUCUGUAUUGGUGGGUGUUUGCUAUGGGUCACAAUGGUCGUUGAUGCCGACUAUUGCCUCCGAAUUGUUUGGGAAAGAGCAUUUAGGAACGAUAUUUAACACCAUCACUAGUGCAGGUCCUAUUGGGUCUUAUGUUCUCUCUAUCUGGGUGGUGGGAUUUCUCUACGACAAGGAAGUGGACGGUGAUGGAAAUACAUGCAUUGGAAUUCAAUGUUUCAGAUUCUCGUUUCUUAUCAUGGCAGCCGUUGCACUCUCCGGCUCUCUUGUUGCCUUAGUGUUGUUUUUCUGGACUAGAAAAUUCUACAAACAUGUUGUGCUCCGGAGGCUUUACCAUUCUCUACGAGAGAGCAAGCGCAUUGAUUAUGAUGACUAGUACAUGAAACGAUUUGUGUUCCCACGCUUACUAAAUAGUGAUGUGCUGUAUCAGUUUUCGUGAAAAUACUAGGAAAUGGGCAGGUCUUUUGCAGAGGCAGACCGCGUGACAUCAAAGUUCUACAAAGCUUUAACGAUGUUCUUGUUAUGCAGGUUUGGCCUUGAUUGAUCUGUAUCUCUUUCUUUCGCAUUUUUUCUCUGAUCGUUCACGUUCAAGACUGUUUGGUAUUUUCAGUAUCUAACCUUCCUGCUGGAGACUGUCUAACGCGUUCCUGGUAUCUUAUGCUCAUGGAAAAAUGCUCUCGUGUCGGCUGAUUCAGUUUCAAUCACUCGGUAACUUUUGUGCUUCAUUGUGCGUAGAUUUCGUCUUAAAACAUAGUCGGUGCCAUGUAGAGUCGUUAACAUCUGAGAAGUGCAGAUUAAAGGGAAGGAAGUUCAGAGCUCUGCUGGUAUGAUGAAAUCUUUGUAAAAUUGAUCAUUUCUGUAGAGAACUAUUUGAUCUUAUUUCUUGACUUUGAUGAGGAUUGUAAUAUAUACAUUUGAAGGUGAAUAAAAACAUACAUUAAAUUA